CCGAUCGGGCGUCAACUCGAAAGUAGCUAAGCUAAAACUUAACCUAAAUAUGGAAUUAUAUUCAACAAAAUAUUUAAUUAUGUAUCACAAUGUAUAUUUCUCAAAGAUGUAAUCUAAAUAAUGAUGACAGGAAAAUUGGAAAAAAGAAUAUCUCUGGAACUGAAAGAAUCUUUACUGAAAGUCAAUAAACAUUAUAUGAAUUUGGGAUGUAAUUUAGAAGAUUUAGAGAAACAAUGCACCUUCAAGGGCCUUUUCAGUAUAAGCAAAACUACCUUUUUUUUUAUACCAAUAUUUAUGUCUUUUCUGUUAUAUGAAUUGGACUACUUUGUUGUUGGUUUCAACUAUCUACUAGGAGUAAGAUGCAUUGUCCCUAACAAUUAUUUUAUAUGGGAGGCUACACGUCCCAUAACAGACUGUAAUUUCUGUUCUAAUACACUCGAACCUAUUGUAUUAUCAAAUAUUACUAAAAAUGAUUUCCUGCCAUAUGCAUACAGCUCGAAGCCUAUUGUUAUAAAACGAGCAUUCUUACACUGGCCUGCCAUACAGAUUUUUACCCUUGAAUAUUUUCAAAACUUGUAUAGAAAAACAGAAGACUCGUUCAAGAGUGUAGAUGAGGAAUGUCAGUUCUUACACUUCAAAUCUGAUUUUAUGUCGUUGAGAGAUGUUCUAUCUAUGAGUAAGGAAAGAUCUAAAAAUAGCCCAUCAGAGAAAUCCUGGUAUGUUGGUUGGGGAAAUUGCCAUCCAGUUGUUUUGGAAAAAAUGAGAAAACACUACCCUAAACCACAUUUUUUACCAGAUGACUGCGAAAUCCCUUCAAAAGAAUAUGUAUUCAUGGGAUACGAUGAUGGUGCUACUAUGCAUCUGGACUUCAUAAAUCGUCUUAUGUGGCAGGCCCAAUUGAAGGGAUCCAAGGUUUGGAAUCUGCAUCCACCGCCAGAAUGUGAAAGCAUUUGUAAACCUUUCUCUUUCAUGGUAGAACCUGGAGAUGCAGUUCUUGUGGACACUAGGAUUUGGUACCAUGGGACCACAAUUAAUCCAGGAGAAUUCAGCCUUUCUGUACAAUCAGAAUAUGGAUAAACGAAACAUUUUUGCCCCAACUUAUGCCAUCUGAGACCAAAAUGUUGCCAAAUAUUAGUUUAAGUAUUGAAAAUGUUACCAAUACAAAGUAGAAAAUUCAUGAUAAUAACCAAAUUUAUUUUUACAAAUGAUUAUUUAUCACUAUCUCAUAAACUAAAUUAGCUGAUAUGAUGUACCAGUGAUGUCGCGAUAAAUUUAAAAAAAUCAGAAUACAAGUCAACAGCAAUUGUUACAAAUCUGUUUCUCUAGUCUUUCUUUCUGGAAAAAUCAUUGAAAUUUUAGAAUCUGUUAAGGUGUGGAGUCAAAAACUAUUAUUAUUGGUUUUUCAUCUCCAUUUGAUUACUGGAAGAAUGAUGAUUUCGUGUAGAUUAUUUUAUUUUCAGCUGUAUGUUCAUAGUGUCCAGCAUAUCAUCUAACUCACUUUAUGAUUAUGAAAACAUUACUAUUAAUCUGCUUGUACUCUUACUAUUUACAGACAAUAAUAAAAAAUGAGUAUUUUCUAGUCUAGGACAAGGUUUGAAAUAAGCUCCUUGAAGUAUACAUUCAUGAACGUAUGAACUGCCCGAUUGUCAUUUUGCAAAAUGUGUGCAUUCAACUGUAUUCACCAAUGUUUUCAUUGCCUUUUUCACUUUCAACACAGCAUAUGUCACGAAAGACUUACUAUUUUUUCUAAAAGAAUUAUUAGUAUUCAACUUCAGCGAAGAAAUGGGCAUCGUAAAACGAUAAAUUCUCUUCAAAUUCUCGUUGGUACACCUACUUCCCUUCUCGUGCAAACUUUUUGAGUUGUUUUCAAAGGGAGUAGUAAGAAAGUUCAAAAAAAUCCUACGGAAGUCAUGAUAAAAUAAUGUUUACCAAACAACGUAGCCAAUGACAGCGUUGGUGUUUGUGAACAAGUGUGACGUCACCCUUUUGUCACGUGAUUUGAGAGUUGUUCACUUGAAUUUGAUUUAUCAAAUCAAAAUUAAGUUCCCAAUGAUAAUGAAAAAUAUUGCGUUUUUUUGGAUUUCUGUUAUAAAAUUGGGGUAAUUUUAAAGUCUAAUUUCAAUGUAGUCAUCAUCUCUAUCACAGAUACUCCAUAAAAUAUAUUUAAUAGUAUAGUAACUACUUGAUAUGUUUUUCAAAGCUAAACAUAUAUUUUUUUUACUCUUGAAACUUUUUCGAUUGUUGUCUUGAGUUUGAAAAUUGGAGGUGUAUUAUAAUACUUAAAAUCUCAAAAAGGUACCAAUAUCUUUCAGUAUAUACACCAAAUUAAUAAAUGAAUGAGUGCUGAAUAUGGUCGGUUUAUUUUUCAACUGUAAGUUGACUAUAGUCUAAGAAGUAUCAGUGUUAUUGGGAAUUAUUACAUCCAGAUAACUGCCAACGGCAUUUUUAUGAAAAACCGUAUUUGUAAUUUGAGGAUAUAGAAGACUUGAAGAUCUAUCUGUAUUUUUUUGAAAUAUUGCAUUAUAUGAUGAUGAAAGUCAAUAAACGCCACACUUUUAGAAAUGUCUUUCCAAAUAGUUGCAACAACUUGUUUUUGCUGUGCCAUUUUUUUAUUCCUAUACUAUAUUCAUGAGUUGGAUGGGUAUCUUCGCUUAUUAUUUCUCAUUUAAUUGUAAUAGGAACUUUCCUAGGCUUUAUAUUAUUUAUUAUAUAUUUACUAAUUUAUAGCUUUUUUAUUAGAACUUUUUUUUCAAGUCAAGAUUAUAGUUACCAUCUUUUAUUUAUAAAAUUAAUGCCAUGCUGUGCCAUUCAAACGUUGUUAUGCCUUAAAAUUUCGCAUUUCAUUAUGCCUAAUAAAUGGUUGAAAAAUUUG